AGGCCGAGGGCCGUGGAGGAUUAUUUUCUGGCCAGCAGUAGCAGUAGGGGACUGUGUCUCGGACACGUAAUUCGCUUUUCCCCUGCUUUAGGGUUUUUGGUGUUCAAAUCUUGGUUUGCUUAGCUCGCUGGAAGAACCGAGCAGAGCAGAGCAGAGACGAGUGGAGGGGAGGGGAAGGUGCAAGGAAGAGGGGGAGGACGGAGGAGGAAGAAGAAGAAGGGAAGGAAGAAAGGAAGGAACGGACUGAGGGGAGAGUAUAGCGCAAUUUAUUACGAUUUUGAAUCUUCGUAUGUCUGGGAUCUGCUGUAGGUCUGUCCGAUAUGUCGGGCGAGGAGGAUGAUCGCAGCAGCUGGUGUUGCGGAGGUGAAGUUACUUUUGGGAUCCGUUGCAGAAUUCCUGCCAUGCUGGCUGACUUUCGAAAGCUUCUGAUGGUCGUCUAGGGGAGCGAAAUGGUUGGUGCUACUGUUGUGCGAGGAGGGCGAGGGAGAGGAGGAAGGCUGGGGAUGGAAGUGGAAGCAGCAGCAGCAGCCGCUGUGGUGCGUUGUGGAGGAGGUGGUGCUGCUAUGGAAGGUCAUCAUCGCUGACUUCAUUUCUUGCCCCGCGGGCCGAGCAGGGACUUGAGCAGGCGUGCGAAAUUGAAUGGGAUGCGCUGCAGGGCAUCUGCGAGGCGUACCGAGGGACUGACAGGGGCCUAGGGAAGCUGAAGGAUUGGCGUUCGCACGUCAAGGGCUGCUGCAGCAGUGCUCUGCUAGCGUGGGAGGGUAGGAGAGUUGUGGAGGAAAGAAUUUUCUGGGGAUGAGUGACAGACGUGCUAAUCUUGGGACCAAGAGGUUUCUAGUUAUAAGCUGCGGAUCAAGUGGAGCACUGUGCGGACAAGAGUCUGUGGAACAGUCGUAGUUACCGUACAGGGAGUUUUUGGAUCAAGAAAGCACUUGGCGUUGCAAUUUCAUCCUUUUGAAUGGUUUCGACUCGCGGAGAUUGAUGCUGGUUUCUUUCUUCGAAGCUCGGACCUCUGGCGAUCGGACAGCUCUUCUAGCCAGGAGUAGCUAAGGAUGACAGGCGGAGCGGGUUGCAAUUGCAGGAUUUCCGCCCGGUCAUCUUUGCUCCGUUUCCUUACCGUCCGAACGGACAGGAAAAAUCUCAUCCAGGAUGACGCACCCUUCGUAGAUCGAAGGUACGCUAGUAGAUGCGCCUUUAAGUGCGCGGGGAUUGACGGAUAUUCUUGUUGUCUAAGGUGCUUCCCCCUUAGUCAUUGAUCUACAUGGACCAGCUUUUGACAAAUGGAUACAUAUAGAUAGCCGUCCAUGAAAAUGUUCACAGAGGCGGUCAAGGUUUACUGAGUUUGCCCGUGGUGGUUAUCAUCUGCUCGUGGACAGUUGUAGCUUGCACUUACGGUACAUACAGCAGCUGUUUGGGACACAAUCAGCCUUGAGUUAAUUUGACUAUGAAGGUGGAGCUGCAAAAUGGAUCCACCUUACUGCUUGCGUGGAUCUGUUUUGCCAUUUUUCCUCAUGUUGGUUCUAGCACUUAUGUCCUGCGUACCUGGUAGUCUUGUUGAAAACUCAAUCGAGUUGUGGAGCGGCUAUCCACUCGUCAGCAAUACAAGUUCAACAACAGCUGGAGGUUUUUUGCAGUGGAAGAAAGGUGGACUGCCAUGUGAUGAAAAUGAUGAGGAUCCCCCGUGCUUGCCGAAGGAACUGGUUGAUCAGUCUCUUUCUUGCGAGACAGACCUUCUAGGGAUUGGGUCACUAGAUGAGUAUUGUGUUGUAAAUGAGACUGUUACUUUGAAGGAGGAUGCCAUAAUCGCGGGGGAAGGUACAUUAGAACUUCUUCCGGAUGUAACUUUAAGUUGCCCAUAUCCUGGCUGCAACCUCACUAUUGUACUUACAGGAAAUUUGAUCCUCAAUGUGAAUGCAUCCGUUGUUAGCGGAACGUUAAUCAUCAGGGCCGAUAAUGUCAGCGCAGCUUUGGGUUCCUCAUUUAGUGCCAAGGGAUUGGGUGGAAGCCCGCCAGCCCAAACAAGUGGAAUUCCCGUUGGCUAUGAAGGUGCUGGAGGUGGUUAUGGAGGCAGAGGAGCAUGCUGUGUGGCAGAGGGUGGAAAACAGCAGGAAGAUACAUGGGGUGGGGAUGUUUAUGCGUGGUCCUCUCUCGCAAGACCUUGGAGUUAUGGAAGUAAAGGUGGAUCGACUAGCAAGAAAGAGGAUUAUGGAGGGGCGGGUGGGGGAAGACUUAGUCUCACAGCAUUAAAUGUGCUGGAGCUGUAUGGAAAGAUUGAUGCAGACGGCGGGUCGGGGGGAGAAUUUGGUGGAGGUGGCUCUGGAGGUAGUGCUAUCGUCAGGGCGGUAGAAAUAAAAGGGAAUGGUGAAAUCAGUGUAAACGGAGGUAGUGGACGAGCAGGUGGAGGUGGGGGUCGUCUGGCGAUUGAAACGUACCGCAAUGAAGCUGUGAAAUUAUACGUGAGAGGAGGACACAGCUUGGCAUGCCCGAAUAAUUCUGGAGGUGCAGGCACUAUCUUUGACGUUGUACCUCAGAGCUUGACAGUGAGCAACAACAACCAAUCAACUGUUACAGAGACUUUGUUGCUGGAGUUUCCAAAUCAUCCACUUUGGGCUAAUGUCCAAGUUGAGGGUCGAGCCAGGGUUUUGGUUCCACUCCUUUGGAGUAGGAUGCAGGUUCGUGGACAGUUGACUAUUGCCUCCGAUGCCUUGCUCAGCUUUGGAUUGGCUCAUUAUUCAAGUUCUGAGUUUGAGGUUGUAGCGGAAGAAGUACUCAUGACCAACGCAGUAAUUAUCGUCUACGGUGCCCUGAAACUUCAGGUGAAGAUGCUGUUUAUGGUCAAUUCCUUACUUCAAAUUGAAGGAGGUUCAGACUCCCUGACUAGUACAUCAGAAUUGGAGGCAAGCAGUAUCGCUGUCCUUAGAGAGGGCUCUGUGAUCAAGUCUAAUUCCAACCUUGGAAUGCAUGGUCAAGGGCUCUUGAAACUCAACGGGUCUGGUGAUGCCAUAAAGGCGGAGCGACUGUUUAUCUCAUUGUUUUUCACUCUAGCUGUUGGAUCAGGUUCUGUACUCCAGGCACCACUUGAUUACGAUUCACCAUUAAGUGAUGAGACAUCUCGAGUGCAUUGCCUCCGAACUACUUGCCCUUCAGAAGUGACCAAUCCCUCUGAAGAUUGUACCUUGAAUACCUCUUCUCCAUUUACUCUCCAGGUUUGUCGUGUGGAAGAUAUCAUCAUAGAGGGUACUAUUAAGGGCAGUGUAGUUCACGCUCAACGAACCAGAACUAUCUCUAUCAAUCCGGAUGGCCUUCUUACUGCGUCUGGCUGGGGAUGUAAAGGUGGAUUAGGGAAGGGGGAAAUGUCAGAAACACUUGCUGCUGGUGGAGGCGGUCAUGGUGGAAAGGGUGGACGAGGUUAUUUUAAUGGAAGCGUGGCUGAGGGUGGUAUAGAAUAUGGAGAUCAAAGUAUGCCAUGCGAAUUGGGCAGUGGGAGUGGUAAUUCAAGUGUUGGGUUGGUAACUUCUGGGGGUGGAAUCAUUGUUUUGGGAUCAUUAGAUCAUCCCUUGGCCAGUCUCGAUAUUGCAGGGGCUCUUACAGUGGAUGGAGAGAGUUCUCUUGUAGUUCCAGAGACCGAAGUUGGUGGGCCUGGGGGUGGAUCAGGGGGAAGUCUGCUACUUUUUUUGCAAAGUCUUACCCUACAAAAUGGGUCCUUGCUUUCUAGCGCUGGCGGCCAUGGGGGUUCUGUAGGAGGUGGUGGUGGGGCUGGUGGAAGAGUGCACUUUCACUGGUCAAACAUUGCAGUUGGUGAAGAUUAUUUAGCAGUUGCCAACGUUGAAGGUUACAUCCAUGCAAGGGGUGGAACUGGUAGCGACGAUGGUUCGGGAGGAAGUGACGGUACAAUUACCGGUAGGGAAUGCCCGAAAGGACUCCAUGGCAUUUUCUGUGAGGAGUGUCCUGUAGGUACAUAUAAAAAUCAGUCAGGUUCUGACAUAAGAUUAUGUAAGCCUUGUCCGACAACAAAUUUACCACGACGAGCCAACUUCAUCUACGUUCGUGGAGGAGUAUUGGAGCCGUCCUGUCCAUACAUGUGUAUGUCAGAGAAAUAUCGUAUGCCAAACUGUUACACACCGAUAGAGGAGCUUAUAUAUACACUCGGAGGACCAUGGCUUUUUACUAUACUACUUUCAAGUGCGCUUGUGCUGCUGGCGCUUGUACUGAGUGUAGCUCGAAUGAAACUUAUUGGAAAUGAUGAUUUCACGGGUCCAGCUCCGGCUCCUGUUGGUGGUCAUAUCGAUCAUUCUUUUCCAUUCUUGGAGUCCUUGAACGAGGUUUUGGAGACUACACGGGUUGAAGAGUCUCAAAGCCACGUACAUCGUAUGUAUUUUAUGGGCUGCAACUCAUUUGGAGAACCCUGGCAUCUGCCUCAUUCACCUCCGGAGCAAAUCAUUGAUCUUGUAUAUGAGGACGCCUACAAUAGAUUCGUGGAGGAAAUCAACAGUCUGGCUGCUUAUCAGUGGUGGGAAGGCUCUGUGCAUAGUAUAUUGUCUGUUCUUGCGUAUCCAUUUGCGUGGCAUUGGCAGCAGUGGAGACGAAGGAAAAAAGUUCAACAAUUGCGUGAUUAUGUCCGCUCAGAAUAUGAUCAUGCGUGCCUCCGCUCUUGCCGUUCUCGAGCUCUGUAUGAGGGUCUGAAGGUGGCAGCAACACCGGAUCUCAUGUUGGCCUACAUUGAUGUCUUCUCUGGAGGGGACGAGAAACGUUCUGAUCUUCCACCGCGACUUAUUCAAAGACUACCUAUGUCAAUAGUAUUUGGAGGGAAUGGCACGUAUAUGGCGGCAUAUUCACUACACAGCGACAAUCUUCUCACAAGCCUUAUUUGUCAGGCACUACCCGCUACUGUGUGGUAUCGAUUUGUGGCUGGACUCAAUGCACAGCUACGAACUGUACGACGAGGCUCUUUACGCUCCACACUGCUUCCAGUGGACGAAUGGCUGAACAGUCAUGUCAAUCCGCGUUUUCGUGAACAAGGAAUUCGAAUAGACUUGGCAUGGUUUCAAGCGACGGCAUCUGGUUACUAUCAACUAGGUGUUGUUCUUACCCGAGAUGGACCAUCACCACCUCCGGCAUUAUCGGAUGGAGGAGACUCCCCUCCCAGAGUACAAACGAAUGUUUCUCCUAGCGGGGUCACAUCCCCUGGAUUGUCCCUCUUAGCAGCUCCUGGAGUCCCGGAAAAUUUUCCUCCGGCACAGUGGCAGUCGACUGAAAGCUAUUCUCAGUUAAAUUUGUCUCGCAGACGAAUCGGGGGCGCAAUACUGGACGCCGUGACACUUCCAUCACUGGAGGACAGGAAGGAUUUAAUGUUUCCGUUGUCAAUACUCUUGCGCAACUUGAGGCCCGUUGGUCAUCAGGCAACGGUUGGGCUGGUCAUAUCUUUGCUACUUCUAGCAGAUUUAAGUUUAACAUUACUUACAUUGUUACAAUUUUUCUCUAUAUCUUUGGACGCUUUUCUUUUGGUUCUUUUGGUACUUCCUUUGGCGUCUUUGCUACCAAGUGCGGCUGGCCUCAAUGCAUUAUUUAGUCAUGGACCACGACGGGCAGCAGGGCUAGCUCGAGUUUACGCUUUAUGGAAUACCACUUCUUUUGCCAAUGUGUUCAUGGCUUUAUUAUAUGGCUUGUUUCAUUAUGUGGUCCCGCAAUUGAUGCCCAAAAGCGGUCUUACCGCCCUCAAAUUUAACACGGAGGACGACAGUUGGUGGUUAUUACCAGGCCUGCUUAUCAUAUGCAAGUGUAUCCAAGCUUGGAUGGUUGACUUGCACAUUGCUAAUUUAGAAAUACAGGAUCGAACCCUCUAUUCGGAAGAUCCCACAAAGUUCUGGCAGAGCACCUGAGCAGGACUGGGUACCCUCAUUUGAAGCCCUUCCAUGUGAAUUGAGGUUGCGUUCUUCACAGAAAGAUGAGGACACGAUUGGGAGGCCGUGUAUAGACUAUGCCAUAAGUCUACAACAUGGCAGGUCUUUUUGAAGUUCAUCAGUUGACUGAGAGCAACAGCCUUUCCAGCUCAGUCCAAGUUAUUUUGGUCUGCUCUUGUCUGCUACAAAACCUGUUGAGGAAGUGAUGAGGCCAGGUGUGAAGAUCUGUGUCACACGUGGUGCGUGAAGAUGAAGGGCCGCAGCUUCUAAGGUGUAUCUUGUUCUCCCAGGAAAUGAGAACAUGCUAGAUGAGAUUUUGAUGUAUAUACUUUUUACAUCUGCAUUGAAUUGGGCUUUACCUUCUCCGAUACGGUCACUGGAGUCAAGUAGGAAGGAAUCAUAACUUCCGGACUCAAGAUAUUUUUAUCCUUUUUAGGGCUUGAGACUGGAAGGUGCAGGCAAUUUAGUUAAUAAUUUAUUAUGAGGGUUUUAUAGAGUUGAGCGUCCUUGUCCAGGUUGUUGGUACUUGUUCGAGAAGACGGCCCACUAGUGUCCCGGCAUGUGCAUGUGUUUUCGGCCUUUUGGGCCUCUUCGAUCCAUCAUGUGUGAAAACAAGGUAACGAGUGAGGAGAAGCAGGGAAGCUGUCAUUACGACGAUCCUGUACCCAAGCUGAGCUGUGAGUGAAAUUGAUAUCUCUAUCGUGAAAGAUUUGAUCUGGGUAUUUUCACCUGCUUACAAAUUACGCGAUGUGGCCGAGGAUGCAAGGCUGAGGAUGAUCAAGGGCAGGAGCCUGGGGAUAAGAAUUGACUUUGUUAUUGUGAUGCUGAUACUUCUGGGAGUUGCACACGCCUUUUAUCAGUUGUGAAAUACGAAGGGGUAAGCGACCGCCCACAUCGGGUAUGUUAGGAGUUGUUCGCCAGUUGGAUUACAAGCGGAAAUGAUCAAUUAAACCCACACUUGUGAUGCACUUAUACUUGAGGAAAGUUUGGAACACCUACCACAUGGUUGGAACCAUUAUUGACCUGUCGAUCGAUGUACGUAAAAGAAACAAUUACAAUGGGUCCUUAUUCAAUAGCUAUCUUUCUUAUGGCACCUGGGGUAGGAGAUCUGAGUGACUAGCAUCACAUGGAGGCAGAACGAAGAGAAUCAUCUAUGAUUGUGGAGAAAUGAGACGGCAGAAAUGAACUCAUGUUUAGCACGACUCCCAUACUUUUUUGGGUGGAGCUUCCGCUCGUGUAAUGUGGGACGGCGAGAAGGCAGACUUGAACUUGUGUGUACUCUUGUGUUCAUGGUUUUGUAUAGGAGCUUCUGCCUGUAUAGGGGAUUGGGUAUGUGUGCGUAAUAACCUUUGUCCUCUGAAGGCGUUCUAACAUAGUGAUCUGUUUUGUCUACCAUCGUCGAAUGUGAAUAGCUGUCAAGCUUGUGCGCUGCUUAUCACUGGUGUUCAGUAUAGAUCCGUGUAAUCUUUUGCUGGGGCGUCUUCCAGUUGGGCACGGACAUUUCGAGUUAUCUCCAUAUCGCACGCCUGAAGUCUAGGAAGAGACGCAGUUACGCUAGUGUUGUCGAAGGCCUUUUUGCAGGGAUUCAGUUGUGAUCUCGCCUCGCGUUUGUUAACUGCUUUCCUUGUUAAAGAUUUUCGAUUCUUUUUCCUGAGAUAGGUACUGGUUUGGUUUCAUGACCCUCUGUUUCUGAUCUUUUACGAUUCUUAUUUUUUAUCUGCAUAUAUUUUCGACUUUUAAUAUAAGUACCAUUCC